AUGUCUUGCAGUUUUGAAUCUUUACCGAUUCUUGAACAACAUUGGUUUGAUUUCUUGCCAGAUAUUAACGCAUACAUUCAAUCUAAAAAAUCUUCUACCCAUAAUCCUUCACAUUCCAAACAUUCAUUACUAUCACAACAAACACAACAGAAAAUGGCGGCCAUUCCAUUCCCAUGUCUAAAGCCGACAAAAGAAGCCGAACCAAAAGCGAUCAGACCAGACCUCAAUGUUCGCCUAAUAUGUGAUGACCCAUCACGUGUUGGUGCUGCUGCUAAUCCGCUACUUGAUGGUGCUCAGUUGGACACAGUCAUUUCGCGAAAAGACGGUGGUUCAGGAACAGCCCGUGAUUUAAAUAAAGUUCAUGGUCGUGCCACCGCGGUUAAAGGUGAAAAGAACUUGAUUCAGGCGUAUAAAGAGAUAGCGGCCAUGUGUGAUGCAAUCGGAUUAACAAAAUUGAUUGCCGAUAUUGCAAAACAAUUGUAUAAACGCGCCGAAGAGGAAAAACUACUUCGAGGUAAAAGCACAGAAUCAAUUAUAGCCGCAUGCAUCUUUAUCGCGUGUCGCCAAGAAAACGUGCCGCGCACAUUCAAAGAAAUCUGUGCAAUUACCCGCGUACCGAAAAAAGAAAUCGGUCGUUGCUUCAAAACACUAAUUCGCACCUUCGAAACAAACGUCGCCACCAUGACCUCGGAAGACUUGAUGUCGCGAUUCUGUUCGAUGUUGGGUCUUUCCAUACAAGUACAAAAGGCUGCGGUGGACCUGACGAAAAAGGUAAAAGAUUGUGGCACACUUGCUGGCAAGUCGCCGGUGUCGGUUGCCGCCGCAUGUAUAUACCUGGUGUCGAAUUUAUAUUCACAACCAAAGACCACUAGAGAAAUUGCUCACGUGACUGGUGUGUCAGAGGUUACUAUCAAAAAUUCGUAUAAGCUUUUAUAUCAGGAUAAAGGUAAAUUACUGGAGGAUAAGAAAGGUGGUAAUUGUGAGGCUUUGCCGUCUCCGUGA